AUCAAUUUAACAGUCAGGUUGAGAUAUUAACGGAAAAACUCGGUGUUUCCUAUACGUUUCUCCUUGCACAUACCAGUUUAGGUAUGACAAUUUUUAAAAAUUUACUUGGACAUUUGGUAAUUCGGUAUUCUUUUAUCAGUUACUGGUUUAUUACAAACAGACGUACGUACACACACAUAUGUUCACUAAUUGAGUGGCUGAUGUCGAACCUAGUGACAAAUGCGUGUUUAUAUUUUCGUUUUAUGUUCCAAGUGUUUUCCUCGAGUGAGUCUUGAAAAUUCAGACGGCAGAGAUAGUGAAAAUGGGAUUAUUGUCAGCCGUGCUUUUCGUCUCUCUGUUUGCCAUAUUCAGCGCAUCAGAGGCCAGUCCUGGCAAAAAUUGAUCCAGUUUGCAUCGAUCGAAUCUGCACUCUUGAACUCUUCCCCAUUUGUGGCAGCGAUGGAAACACAUACGACAACUUCUGCAUAUUCAACCUUGAGAAGAGGGGCAGUAAUCCUAUGCUUACCAUUCGAUGCCAUGGCGAAUGCAGCCAGUGUGGAUAUCAGUGAGCGUCAGAAACCUUCAACAACAAUUCAGAAAUAGUUCAAAGAACAAUACUUGAAAUCAACUGUAAUCUUUCAAGUAUUUUAAUUUAAACUUGUCUAAGGGUUUCCAUGAGUGCCUGUGCCUUUCUUUGAAUUCAUUAUUCUGAAGCAUUGUAUCAUGUAUUGAAAAAUUAAUAAAAACCCACAUAAAAUUUUUUUUUUUUACAUUUUCCUGUAAGCACUUAUGAAUUUUAAUAGCGAUGAAUUUGCAGAUAACCACGCUAAAGAAUGAUUGUAUUCAGAGUUACCGUUGGAUUCAUUUAACAAAAUUACAUUGAAAUUAGGCACACGUAUUUGAAGUGAGUCAUUCAUGUGAAGAGAAAUUAUUUUGAUAAAGCUUUGUGAAUGAAAUAAAAGCAACGCAUAAGUAAUAUUUAGCCUUCUCACUUAUGUAUACCUUUGUAACUGUUAUUUUUUUUAACAAACUAAGAAUAUUAUGAGUAUUAUAAAUAUCAAGUCUUUAUGGACAUAAGAAUGGGCAAAGUUGAUAAACUCAUUCAAAAAUAUGACGACCAUGACUUAGCAACUCGUUCUAGCUUAGGAGCUUUGAACUCUCCCCCUCACAUUCAUCCCCUCCCCAAAACCCCACAUCCUGAAAGCAAGAUUAUCACCUUACAAAUAAGGGGGAGAGUGGGGUGGGGGGAUGGACUUACAUACAAUGAAGCAUAUGUCCAAAAUAAGGCACAACCAGACCUCCAGCUUACUCGGGGGUACAUGCUGAAAUCUACUGUCAAAUAGACUGUUGUUUCACUAACGAAAAUUAAAAUAUAUGUGCUAUAUCUUAUUAAAAAUUAUUUUUCUGUACUGUUUAGCAUGCAUAUUAUUAAUUUUGUUAUAUUUUCAUUCUAAUAAUAAAUCAUAAAUAUCCUAUCCUAAAAUUGCUGUAUCUUUAAGUCAACACGAAACACCUUUUCCAGACGUUUCGGCUUUUCUACCUGCCCCCCCAAAAAAACAACAACAACAAAUUAGUUGCAGGCUUACUCCCCGUGUAAACAACAAGUAUUAUUUACGCUUAGGAACUGGACAUCCAACAACAUCACCAUCUCUUUAUCCAACCCAAACUUGCAUUUAAAUCACCUAGCGCAACCAGCGUGUCAUGCUUCCUAGAUCUAGCACGGCUCACAUUUAGACACUUAUUCUCAUGUUGUAACGAUGAGUCGUUAUUUCUUUAAUUAAACAACCAUUACUAUGGUUGCAUUGUUUCCCUUACCCGCCAGUGUUUAUCGUCAUGGUGACGAGGUAACUUUUGUCGAGGUGUGAGCGACAGCUGCAGACAGGUUUUGGAUGGCGAUCUGAGAGGUUCUGGGAAACCUCGGCUGAGACGGCAACAGCAGCAUGACAGUGUUGGAACCGCUGGAAGUCGUUUGACUUCAACGGGAAGAUGAGGAUCUCUAUGUCUGUUUGCGAAAUGGCUGCUUCUGUUAGCAGUAUGGACAGGUCUGUAGUACCUCGGUAGGAUGAGGACUUCGCCUUUGUGUAUGUGAUGGAUUCUUCAGUAGGAUCCAGAUUUGUCUGUUUUUAUGGUGUUAUGCAUCUAACUUAUUGUGCAGAUCAUAAGUUAUGCUGCUUAUUUAAGUGAUCAUUAUUGUUACUGUUUGUGCUGUCUGUAUGUAAUGUCUGUGUUUUAACCUAAUUUUGGUGUUUAAUGUUAUUACAUAGCUUUGGUGUCGAGCAAGUGUAUGGCUCUUGAUUUAAUGCAGAGUAAGUGUAUGGCUCUUGAUUUAAUGCAAUGUUUACUUUUUUCUAUUUUAUUAAUGGUUUUGAUUAUCUAGUUAUUUUGAUAAUUACUGUAUUUUCGCCACCCAAAACCUGGUCUCAAUUG